AGCUCAGAUAGGUGUAUAUAUCUAUGGGUGGGCUUGCCCAGAGCUCUGGAAGAAGACAGAUGCGGCUUUGCUGUCGCCAGCGUUCAUUUUUUAAAAUGUGAACAUCUAUGAUCUGAAUGCACAUCAGGCGACGUUCGUCGGCGAUUGUUAAGCUUUGAAAACACCCGCCCACUAUUCGCGUAUUAUUGAAACGGAGAGGAGGGAGUUGUCAUCGGCGCACCAUUCCGAUCGGCGCCUUGCUGCUAGAAGGCGUUUGCGGGAAGAUGCGUGCUCCCGUACGGCGGUGAGUGAAGAGACCCUGCCGCCGGCGGCGGAUGAAGAAGAUGGGAUCCGUCUGUUGCGUCUGACACGAGAAAAGAGGGGUGAAUAGAGUCUCUCUCCCGAGCUGUUUGCGCGAGACUGGGCGGAAAGCAACGGUAGCGACCGAUGGAGGAUAAAAGCGAAUUCCUUUGUGGCGUUGUUGAGGGCUUCUACGGCCGGCCCUGGUCUGUGGAGCAGAGGAAGGUCCUGUUCCAGUGGAUGCAGAGGUGGGGGCUGAACACCUACCUGUACGGCCCCAAAGACGACCUCAAACACCGGCUCCUGUGGAGGGAGCUGUACUCACCUGAGGAGGAAGCCCAGCUGAAGACGCUGGUGAGGGAGGCAGAGUUCCGGGGGCUGCGUUUCGUGUACGCGCUCUCUCCUGGUCAGGACAUGGUCUUCUCCAGCUCCUGCGACCUCACCCUGCUCAAACGCAAACUCCGCCAGGUGACAGAGCUGGGCUGCCAGGCCUUCGCCCUGCUGUUCGAUGACAUCGACCACUCUCUGAGCCAGGCAGACAGUGAGGCCUUCUCCUCAUUCGCCCAUGCCCAGGUGUCUGUGGCCAAUGAGAUCUUCCGUUUCCUGGGGGAGCCAUCUGUCUUCCUGUUCUGUCCCACAGAGUACUGUGGGUCUCUGUGCUCUCCCAGUGUGGCCAAAUCUCCCUACCUGCUGACUGUCGGGGAGGAUCUGCUGCCUGGCAUCUCCGUCAUCUGGACUGGCAGUAAAGUAAUUUCUCGGGAGCUCAGUGCAGACUCCCUGGUGGAGGUUCAGAACGUGCUGCAGCGCCCCCUGCUGGUGUGGGAUAAUCUCCACGCUAAUGACUAUGACUCGCGGCGGGUGUUCCUGGGCCCCUUUAAGGGACGCCCCCCCAGCCUGCGCUCCCAGCUUCGGGGGCUCCUGCUCAACCCAAACUGCGAGUUUGAGGCCAACUACAUCCCCCUGCACACCCUGGGCCACUGGCACAGAACUGGAGCCCAGAUACUGAAGGGUGGCGCUGGGCAGUACUGUCCAGAGGAGGCGCUGUCUGCUGCACUGCAGGACUGGAUGGAGGAGCUGAGUCAGCCCUUACAGCCAGGUGUGUGUGUGUGCGUGUGUGCGUGUGUGCGUGUGUGGCCGUGCCGUCGGAGCAGCGCCACGCACACCAAACAGGCGGGCAGGGACAUGCCACGCGACAAGGAGAGGGCUGUUUCUGUCCUGCACCACUCUCCCUCACUCUCCCUCUCUCCCUGUCUCUCUCUCUCUCUCCCUCUCCCUCUCUUCCUAUCUCUCUGUCUCUACCCCCCCCCCCCCCCCCCCCCUCAGGUGGAGGAGUGGCGUGUGCGUGCAGGCCGUUUCCUGGCUGCAUGUGAUGAUGUCGCCCGUCUGCAUGUGAGUGUGGUGAACAGCGUGAACCGGGCGGUGCUGUAUGACCUGUACCCCUACAUCUGGGACCUGAGGAACACUGUGCUGGUGGCCAAAGCCUUCGUCAGCUGGCUGGAUGGACGGGUGCUGAAUGAUACCCAAUCCCUGAGCUCCUGGAGGAACUGCUUUCACUGGUGUGGGGUUGCCAUGGGAGCAGACGUGCUGGGGGUGGAGUCAGAACCCUGGGUGUUCAAGGGUGGUCUGUCAGGAGAGGUGCAGAUGCUGCUUCCCAUUGGCACCAGCACAGAGCUCUUCACCCACCCACCACCCCUCUUUCCCACCUGCAGACUCUACAACAUCCGGCCUUUCCAGCUCAAAGACAAGGUGGAGCUGUACAGGAUGGUGCGACAGCUUCACCUAAAGACUCAGGGGAAGCAGGACUCCGCCCAGCCCCACCCUGAUCUCAUUGGAGACAGGUACCUGGGAGCUUCCCUGGCUCUGUGUCCGGAGUACAGCUUUGUUCUGGAGGAUGAGCUGGGCGUGUGUGGGGGGGCCCUGGGGGUGCUGGAUGUGCGAUCCUUCAGCAAGCGCUACCAGGCCAGCUGGCUGCCCGCCAUGAGGGACAAAUACCCCACCCGUCCACACGGGGGCGCCCAGGAGGCGCUGCUGCAGUUCCAGGAGGAGCAGGCAGAUUACCCCGAUUCCCUCCUGUAUCACUUCCCCUCCCAGGUGUGGCUGGAUGCCCUGCCUGAGCUGGUGGACUGUAGCCUGACUCGUAGCCUGCUCACCGCCCUGCUGACUGCGCUCAAGGCCAAUGGCUCCCAAGGCGUGUUCUGUGACGUGCUGCCCACGGAUCGGCAGCGGCUGGAGCUCCUGGCCAAGUUGGGCUUCCUGGAGAUCCUGCGGGGAGAGGCGCGGCCCAGGGAGGGCGUGGUCCUGGGCCGGCUGCUGUAGGAGGUGUCACCCCCCCCGCCCCAAACCUCCCUCUCACCCCCCCCCCCCACCUCCAAGCUCCCCUGUCCCCACCCCAAACACCCCAAAUCCUCCUCCACUCUUUUACGGAUCCUGUUAUUGAUUGUUGUGCUAUACUGAUCUUGCAGCUGUUUCUGUUACUUGGGGGGGGGGGGUGUUGUAUGUUUUUUUUUGUAGCUGGGGGAAACAUCACACACAGUACAGUACAACACAUUUUAGGCACUGCUGGUGUGGCAGGUCAGGAUUAAAGAGAAGCUCACGCACACACACACAGAUGCAUGUCACUCGCACACACACUCACACAAGCACGCACACUCACACAAGCACACACACUCACACAUGCACACACAGACGUACAGUUGGAACAUGUUCCCGUGCUGCACUCACCCACCUGUCACCUCAGACUGGGCAGGAAGUGGGGGCUGCAUCGCGUGGGGGGGGGGGCUGGGGGUAUUAGCUACACAUUUACAUCUGUUCCCAGGGUGACCAUUUUUAGUAGCAGCGAUAAUGCUCUUCUUUUUGUUCUUCUUUUUGCUGUUGUUUUUUCUCAUGCUCAUUUUCUGAGAAAUGUGAUCCUUUGUGAGAUAAAGGGCUGUUCUGGUACAUGAGGAAGUGCUCUCGCCCACAGCCCUGGUGACUCAUAACACAAGUGUUACUGCUGCCAUGGCGAUAAAUAUGGCGGUGUUCAGUUCCAUCACUAUCCAGGGUUUGGAUCUGUGCUGAGCUGGGGUCCUGUCCAUUCCAGUUUCACUAAGUUAAAAUGAAACUUUAAUCUAUAUAUCCUCAUGGAACGUUAUGUGCAGUUUUUGAAUGAAUGUCUCUGAAAUGUGCUGAGUGGAAUUUGGAGCUCACCCCAGCCCUGGUCCUGAGCCACCAAGAGACACAAAGAAGAAAUGAAUCGGCUUAAAAAACACCCUGUUCAGUUUUCUCUGUCUGUUUGGCUUUUUUAACUUGCUCUUCAAAUGGCAUUAAACAUUCCUUCUUCUCAAA